UGUUUUUUUCCUGCAGGAAUCUCCGUGGAUGUGUCAGCGUGGCUGCAGACCGCCCCCCUGUGGUGACACGAAGAACUGCUGUCAAAUGAUGAGAACCAGGUUCAGUAAAAAUGUUUAGUGAAUUUAAUUCUUCAUUCAAUUUGGAAUUCAUCAAAGUUAAAUAUUUUCUUUCGAGUAACUUUUUCAAAUGAAACGUUACUGAAGCCUCGUGUCUGAAGACAAAAAUGUAACAAAUGUUUCUUUAUUUUUCUCUGUAAACACAGGAGUGAAUGGCUUCAUGGGGGGGUGGGGGGUCUCCCUUUACAUCCGUGCGUAAAGUUUACUCAGCAGACUGCUUGUGUAACUUCAGCUCGGUGACGGGGGGGUUAAAAGUUUCCUCCAGAGGCCUGACUCCGGACCCGGGUCCAUAAAGGCGCGGGAGGAGGCAGCGGCCCUCCUCCACAGCUGCAGGCCCCUGAGGUGGCAUGUUGCUCUGCGUGAGAGCUGCAGCCACAAGCGUCUCACCUCGUUGAUGCAGCUGCCGGGAUCCUGGAUCCGUCAUUUGGUUGUCAUGGCAAAAGGCCUUCUGGUCAUUUGGUAUUUUUUCCACGGACUACUUUCUCUGACUUCUGGACAGCAGCGCACUGCGGGCCCUUGGCGGCACCACAUCCAGUGGGAGAACAACGGUCAGGUUUACAGCUUGAUGAGCACUGGAUCGGAAUUCCAGAGUCCGGUUCGGUCCAGAAUUCUAGCGAGGGUUUUUCUGAGCAGCAGGAUGCCCAGCAGCGACAUCCCAGGGACGCGCGGGGGAGGCGGGCAGCCUGAGUCCAGGACCAGGACCGACCACACGGUGGCAGGACCUCUGGCCCCUGAAGGGGGGUACGCAGCCGUCAGUGCCGGUUCCGCUGGGCCCAGAGAGCCGGAACCCCUUCAAGGAUCCGUGGAGCGCCUCGGUGCUUUUUAUACCGAAUCCACCAACAGCUCCCUGCGUUCAACAGCCAGAGAGGAUGCUGAGAACGAACCAGAUCCCGAUCCAGAGCAGAUCAUGGACACGCACACCUCUGCGUAUCCCGCAGGCCCUCCCGCACACUUUCCAGCUCUCAGCGCAGAUUUUUCAAACGAGAUCAGUGAUGAGGACAUGAUGAACGACGACCCGCGAAGCCCCUUCAAAAGCCACCGGAACUCCGUCUUCUACAACCUGUACCCCAGCAGGGGCAGGUCAGGGGCCCGCGCGCUCCGUCCGCCGGGCGCAGGAGGAUACGGGACACGGUAUUUCCAAAACGGACUGCCCGAUCUGGUGCCGGACCCCUACGCCAUCCAGGCAGGUGCUUACGUCCAGCGCAUGCAGAUGUACGCGCUGCGCUGUGCAGCCGAGGAGAACUGCCUGUCCAGGUCAGCUUACGCACCCACGGUCAGGGACAUCGACUUCAGGGUCCUGCUGCGGUUCCCACAGAAGGUGAAGAACCAAGGAACCUCAGACUUCCUCCCUGUUAAGCCUCGACACCAGUGGGACUGGCACAGUUGUCACCAGCACUUCCACAGCAUGGACGCCUUCAGUAACUACGACCUGCUGGACGUCGUCAGCGGGCUGAAGGUGGCUGAGGGCCACAAGGCCAGCUUUUGCCUGGAGGACACCGGCUGUGAACCUGGAUUCAGGCGGCGCUACGCCUGUACAACACACACGCAGGGUCUGAGUCCGGGCUGCCAUGACACUUACGCCGCCAACAUCGACUGUCAGUGGAUCGACAUCACUGACGUCCCCCCAGGAAACUACAUCCUGAAGGUCACCGUCAAUCCUAAUCUGUACGUUCUGGAGUCGGACUUCUCCAACAACAUCGUGAGAUGUGACGUCACCUACACAGGAAUUUAUGUCCAGACCCGCAACUGCAGAGUAACGAGGGGCUGAAAUCUUCUUCUUUUUUUAAAUCAGGAGCUGCAGGUUUCUGAGAGAUGAUUGUUCUGCUGAUGUUUUCUUGAUCCACUAGGUUGGGUUUUUUCAUUUAAUUUAAACACUAAAGUGUUCUGUAUUUUUGAUUUUUCUCAUUAAAGUCUUAAAACAAAGAAUAUUUUCUUAACACCUGAUCAUUUCUGUUAGAGAACGAGUAACAUUAAAAUUAAAAAAAAUGGUUGAUUAUAAAUCAUAAAUGUGUAUUUUUGUGCUUUUUUUUAACAUAAAUGUCUUUCCAUGAAAACCUAAUUUAUUGAAACUAUAUACUUACUAUAUACUUUAAUAAUACUGAGAUUAUCAUGUGAGAAGAAGCGUCACAGGUCGCAGGACAGCGGCUGAACACCAGCCUCAGUUGUUUGUUUGUCUCUUUCCUCUCAGCCCAGCAGCAGUUUCUAGUUUCACUCGUUUAUUUCUUCACUGCUAAGAAGAACCCUGUCACAUAUGGUGUCAGAAGUGGGAUUCGAACCCACGGCUCUAUUGAGACUGCCAGCAUAAGUACAAUCUCCUAAACCUUCUGGAGGUUUGAAUAACGGGUGCGGAGCAGAGUGAAAGACGCUGUGGAGGCCAGCCAGUCCCUCUGAAGACAACCAGCUUCCGUUUGGUUCCCAGAGAGCCAACCGGAUCCUCGGCUCCGGUUCCCGCUCAUCCCGGCAGACAGAAACCAGGAGCUUCAGCUUGCAGGAUGUGGCCUCAGAUGCAGACGGGCCUGCAGGCAGGAAGGCAUGUUUGCUGACAGACCUCUGUGAAGACCCAGACCUCAGGACUUUGUACAUAAAUGCCACAUCCACUGAAACCA